GGCGGGUAACCGUUUACGGAGGUUGCAAACAAACUAAACCAAUCUGAUAAUCCAUUGAAUGUCGUGGAGAGUCUUGUUCGGCAGAAGGCCCGUCUCUAGAGUCGGAAUGAACGGGCGUCGGUUUUUCCCCUCGAGGCGGACACCGGGAACGACGUCUGGCUGUUAUUUCCGUUGGAACGGAUUUUGAUAAUAAAAGAACAGCGAGCUAGGAAAAGAUGAGAAUCCGUUUCGCCAAGCUUUUGGCCCUCUCUGUGGUUUUACUCAACGUCGUCGCGUUUUACUUCGUCUGGGUCCUGCUGAAGAGCCAGAACGAGCUGGCCGGCGUCUCGACCGGGCAGUACGGCCAAUCGACGACCGUUCAAAAAAGGGUGAAGGCGAAGAGGCCUCCGACGAUGAACGAUGUGGUGCAGAAAAACAUCACCAUCGUCAUCCGGGGCUUCGAGAACUUCGAAAACGACAUCCCCAACACGGUGAGGUCCAUAACGUCCACCUACCCUAAAAUCAACAUACUGAUCGUGACCGACUCGCCUCCUUACCCGCCACUACUUUUCAACACUUCCAACACACUUUUCCAAAACGUGAGGCACGUCUAUCUUCAGUCUAGCUUGAACAACUCGUUCGAAUCGAGGACACCGGUCUUCCAGUUGAAAGGCGACUACGUCCUCUUCAUGCCGGACUCGGCGAGGAUCCACACGAAGAAGACACUGGAGAAGAUGUUCAAGACGAUCGACGAAGGGAAAAACGAGAUAGUCGCCGCGACGUUCAAAGCGACGAAACCCGUCGGAUGCCUCAACACCCACAUCAAUCCGAAAGAGUGGAUAAUACAGUUCGAAGAAUCCAACGAUGACAAGUGUGAUUUCGUCAAAGGGAAACACGCCACACUCCUCAGGACGGACAUACUCAAAACCCUUACGGAUCCAUUCAUGCUACCGUUCCCGGAUUCGUUUUACGUCCAAGCUGCAGCCAAAGGGAUCAAGACAAGAGUGAUCAGAGACCUUCCUUUUGGUAGCGGCAAAGAACUUUACAGCAACCCGCACAAUCAGUGGAAAGCUCAGCAGCUUGAAAAGGAUAGGACCCACAAUAUGUUUAGAAGCUUGGGCUUAAAGAAAGUGGUGCGUGAAAAUGGACUUGUAGAGUGGUAUGGGUGUCGGAGAGAUACGCCACGUUGUUUCGGUACAGUCGUCGACGACACGCCGCAGUACCUCUGGGAAGGUAAAUGGACUCCUCCUUGCUGUUUAGCAGGAUUGAGGCGAACGGCGAGACACGUUUUUCAACAAUUGGAGCAAUCUCAAACACGUUACUGGCUGGAAGGAGGAAGCCUUCUCGGUGCCAUAAGGUCAGGUGACAUCUUACCAUGGGACUACGACGUCGAUAUUGGUAUUUACAAGGAAGACAUCAGUAGAUGUAUAUGGCUUUUAAGAGCUAAAACAAAACCUACAGCAGACGAACAAGGUUUUAUUUGGGAAAAAGCCAUGGAAGGAGACUUUUUCCGAGUGCAUUUCAGUCAAAUAAACAGACUCCAUGUCGAUAUAUUUCCGUUUUAUUCUCGAAACGGUACGAUGACCAAAAGUACUUGGUUUAAAACACACAGACAAGACAUGGAGUUUCCAGAGCAUUAUUUGAAACCCUUGUCCAGUAUAGAUUUUGUAGGUCGUACAGUUUCUGCCCCGAACAAUAUUCAUGACUUUUUGGAAUUGAAAUUUGGAGAAGGCGCCAUAGAAAAUCCGGUGUAUCCUAAUCCACAGAAAAUGGCUGGCUUAGGCUAUAAAAUUUCCCCAGAAAAAACAUAAAAGUGAAAAAAAAGCUUUUUAGUUCUUAGUCAUUCGUAUUUCUAAAAUUAAAAAUUAGUUAAAAAAAAAAUUGAUUGCUUGAAAAGUGGUCUAUUUUUAACACUGAAAGAUAUUAACUUUUUUUAAGACUAUUUUUCUACAAAAUUCGAAAAGGCCUAAUAAAUAAUGUAAGGUAAUAAAAUUUAGUUGUUUUAAUUAAUCAUAAGUAAACAAUUACCUCAGAAUGAGAGAGUGAAUAAUCAAUUUGGUAAUUAACAGUAAUAUAAAAUUUAAACUAGAACAGUAAUUAGAUUAACAGUGAAAACCAUCUGAAAACCAAUUUUAAUGACAGUCUGUCACCACUGUUGAAUGGUCUAUAAUAAAAUAAUUAUUUUAAUAUUAUACCUAAAGUAUGGAUGCAAAUAACCAUAUAGAAGAAAAAGGAAAGAAAAAUCUAGUCUAUUAGUAAAAUAAUUGUCAAAAAAAAAAAAAAAUACAACCAAAAUCAAAAUUUCAGCCAAAGUUUUAGUACCUUAUUAAAAAUAGAUUAAAUGUCCACUGUUAGAUUGUCAAGGAACUUUUAAUUACCGCCAUUUAAUUUGAAAUUUUAAAGAUGUAUUAACGUUAUAAUGUCAUAAUGUUUGAUUACAAUUUCAUUAUGUCCCUGAAUUGCAAAAAACAAUCAGUAUUACUUUCAUAGGAAAGCGAUAUGUCGCGAGUGCUUAAAUUAUAAAAUUAACCAUUUUUAAAACGGAAGUAAUCCACAUUUACGACCCAAUUAAGUGAUAUCAUUUUCCCAUGUUUCAUCAAUGCAGGAGAUUGAAAUGUAUGAUUGCUACAUGGAUUUAAACAUAGUAUCAAGUUGUAAAAUAAGUCCGAGGCUUUUUUAAUGAUAAAUUCAAAUUCAUUUGAAUCCAUCUUCCAUAUAAUUUUGUAAUCCUGUUCUCCCACAACGUCUCAGGUUUUUGAGCAGUGAACGCCUUGAUGUGUUUUUUGCUUCUAAAACUGUGUUUCCAUCCCUCACGAAAUGGCUGUUUCGGGUUUUACAUUUCCACGUGGUGAAACAAGGUGAGCCAUCAGUUUGCACGAGUCAAACAUGCUGUUCGUAUAUACAACUCCUGCAGCAUUAGCAUUUGGUAUCAUGGUGAUACUUUAUGUUAAUAAUGAAAAGAAAAAGAAGUAAUGAAAACACCACAUUUCCCAACAUGCAUCCCCUCUCUUGUCCUUAUUAUGAUUACUUUUAUAUUUAGCAUCCCACAAAAAUCGGUAGCUUGGAUAAAUCGAAUACGGUCCUCUUGGUUCAUCUGUAGCUCGAGACACAUCUGCAUUUACAUGGAGAGAAACAGACAAUGGGAGGCACUUUGAUGCACACUAAGAAACUGACAGCCGGCUCACCCUGAAACAUCCUCGCCCCUGGCUAUUCCAAGAGUAGUAUCCACAAGAGACAAUUUUUGCAGAAGAGCUAUGCGAGUGAUUUUCAUUCACUGGAAACCCAGCUUUAGUUAUAUAAAGUUUUUCCUUAUUAAUAUAGUUUUCCAAUACCAGGAAUAAGUGAAAAUCUGAAUGAAUAAUGUCAGGUGAAUCCAGUGGGUAGCACGUCCCAGCCAAGCUCCUACGAUUUCUGGGGCAUUAUUCUGGCAAAAAAAAAA